CAAUUUGGAAUCCGAUUUAGAUCUCGAAUUUGGAAGUGAUUGGAUUUCAGCGGUUGACAAAUUCUCCCGACAACAUAGGAGUAAUAGAGGAGGAGGCGAAGCCGAGUCAGAGUGGAUCCAUAGAUCCGCCUCAAAUCGCCAUCGUCGGACCACGGCGGCGGACGGGAGAGAAUCCAACGCUCAUCUUCGGAGCCAGAGCUAUACGCAGUGACAAGAAAGUUUGUUUUGUUCCACUCCAAAAGCUUGCUAAACCUGACAGCAAUUCGCCAAUUUUGGUGCGGGUUUCCAGACUUUGGGAUGCGACGAUGCGUACAUCGUGAAGAACAAUAUAGAGCUUCUUAGUACUGAUAUGGUUUUGAUAGAUGAGGAGGGUUCCUAUAUCCAUGCGCAUCAAAGGCAAUUUAUCCCAUUUGUUUCGCAACACGAUUGCUGAAGGCGGAAUAUAUUCUAUUAACAAUUUUGGGGUUGUUGAUAACAAAAACCGCUUUCGUGUUGUUGGAGACAACAAAAUCAUGAUUCAGAUGAAUGCUACCUCAGUUGUUAAACCAGCACCUGCCCAGCCAUGACUACGUAUUUUCAUAAUGAGAAUAAGUCAUUUAUCUUUCGGGAAUUACCAUUGAACUUAUACCCUUCUUCACUAUUGUGUUUAUUACUAUGUUCAUUCACGUCAUGCAGUUAUUCAUAUUUGAGUACUAUGCGGUUGUGUUCAAAUAGCGAAACUCUCACACACUAUGUUUAAAUAACUGCCUCUGUUAAGACCAUUCCUCAAUGAGCUUUAAUUUAUCUUUUAGACGAAUAAAUAUGAAACCCUUAACAACAGACGCUCCAUCAUUGACAGCCUUAUGAAGGUACAAUCAGUAUGAUGUGCAACACCUCUAGCCAAAAUUGUUUUCCCUUUUCCUGGAGGUCCAUAUAGCAACACUUCCUGUUUUUUAAUUAUAAGAAAAUAUUAUAGGUUGACCAUCGGAACAAUGAACAUAUAACAUGGGAUUCAUGGCAAGCCAGGGUAGGACAUCACAGACCUUUUGCUGAGCAAUCCAAAGAAUCUCAAACAAUUCAGGAUGUUUAAUGGGGAGCUCACUGACCUGCCUUUUUGAACAAAAUAGAGAGUCAUUGUGAAAGUAAAACAGAGCAAAGAGUGUCGUUUGGUGACUGGUAAUGAAAACCUGUAAACUUACAAAAUUAACACACACCUAAACAAAAUGGAAAAGAUACUUCCUUAAUUUCUUUGAUUUGCUGAUCAAGGCCACCAAUCAUAUCAUAAGUACAGUCAGGAACGUUCUCAACCUUUGUAAGGUUGACUAAAGGAUACACUAAGCUUGGUAAAACUAACAGUCUUUUAACACUUCUUAUACUUAGUACUUGCGGUCGUGUAGAUGUGUACUUAAUGGAUUGUUGUUAAUAUUCUAUAAUCUUUAACAAUGCUCUAAGAUGUGAAAAGUGAUAAUGGAUUGUUGCCCACACACAGAUUUGAUGAAGACCUUUUAAGUCAAAUCUGCAGAACUUAUAAAUACAAUUUCAACAAUGGCUGAAUGUGAAUAUUCUAUAAUGACUAAAAGCCCCGUGAGAUGUAAAAACUCAUAAUGCAUUGUUGAUGAUGAUCCUUUUCGUAGAAUCUACUGAACUUAUAACUUCAUAGAAAAGCGGUCAUGCUUUUUUUUGUUAUAUGUUGAACCUAUUUGGAUGUUCAUCAUGUUUUUAAAAGCUUCUUAAUGGUUUAAUAACCAAAAAGACCAGAUUAACACCGGAUUGAUACUUAGUUCCUUCCCUUAAUUGCCAUUCUAUUUUCUUCAAGAGACGAAAACUUCUUUGAACUUCAUCUAACACUACCUUCGCUUCGUCUUCAUUACAGAUCUGAGUUCAAUUUUAAAAAAGGAAACUAUGUUUCAGCAUCAAUAGACAAUAACAGGAUUGCACAACUUUAAGAAUUCCAGGAGCUGAAAUGCCUAUUUUGUUGUAGGUCCUUAACGAUGUUGGCGAUUUUAGUGUUUACAUAUUACUUUUCCUUCUAGCAUUUGGGACAAUUAAAAACUAACUAUGAAUGUCAAUGCAUCCACUGAUCGGCUUCUAGAAAUGGGAGUAUGCAAAACACUUGAAUACUCUGCCACUUUUGGAAUGGAAUCAGUCCAUACGUUUAUACUACCUACCCUACUACAUUCGUAUACUACAACUUAGACAAUGCAAAUAGGAAUACUACUAUUAUAUUAAUAUGAUACUGCAACUCCAUAU